ACCCUCCUUCUCCUCUCAAAAUUGGCGUCGUUCAGCCGCCAUGACCGAUAACACAAGUCACUCGAUGGUGUUACUUUGGACCGGAUGUUUUGUCGCGUUUGGGCAAGCGGUCGCGCUGUGCUCGAACAUGUAUGAACCUCGAACAAUCUUCUCUGACUGUAGAACCUGCAUCGUGUGAACCUGUGACAAGACCGCAAGCAUGCAGACGAGUAUUCCAAUUGCAACCACACUAUCUAUCAGCUCAAAAUGGUUGCCCGGAUUGAGCCGCAGUAUCUCAAGGAUUAUCUCCAGCAAGACCCAGCUUCAAGCUCGCAGGCACACUUCAACUUCUUUACAUUCGAGACAACAUGCUCCGGAUUUAUUCAAGUCGCCUUCUCGACGAACGCUCCAAGCUAUUCCAACCACGACUCUUGUGCGAUCACUUGUUGUUCUUUCAGCGACAGUGCUCCCAGCAAAAGUGUUAGCUUUCCUUAUCCGCACGACCAAGAACAAUGUAGGCAUAGUCGAAUCUGUGCCUCCGCUUCGAUGGGCAUUCAAGAAGAUGUUGUACGACAACUUUUGUAUCGGACUCCAGAAGGAUGAAAUACUGUCCAAGACCCAAGACCUUCGCCGCAUCGGCUUUACUGGCAUUGCUCUGGCAAAUGCUCGCGAGGCUCAGCCCACUACAGAAUUGAACAUUGGCUCGGUGAUUGGUGACUUUCAAUGCGAGGAGUGGGUGGAAAACAAUCUUCAAUCUGUACAACAAGCGGAGCCUGGCGACUACGUUGGUUUGAGAUUCACGGGUGCAGGAACAGCAGCAGCCAAGUUCUUGUCGGAUUUUUCGGCCACUUGCAAAAUCCAUUCAUUGGAGGAGGCGAAGAGAAUCUACUGUGCCGACAUGGAAUACUACGUCGAGCAGGUAAAGAAGAUCUGUGCAGCAGCCGAAGCACGACAGGUUCGUGUCUUGAUUGACGCGGAGUCUUCAACUUAUCAGGGAGCAAUUGAUUGCGCAGCUCUUCAGAUAAUGGCACAUUUCAAUACUUCGCAGAGAGCCUCGGUGCUGAACACGUACCAAUCGUAUCUCAAGUCGAACAUCGACAAGGUGAAGUUGCAUCUGCAGCACUCAAUCGAGCACAAUUAUGUUCUCGGAAUCAAAAUGGUCCGAGGCGCUUAUCUGCAUACUGAACUGGACAAACAAUCUCUGCAUAUCUCUAAACAGCAAACGGAUGAAGCAUACGACGCGAUGGUCCGAUAUCUGCUACAGGCAGAGGGCGAUCGAUCCUGGAAAGCCGACGUAUUGCUUGCGACUCACAACGCACAGAGCGUCCGAAAUGCCUUUGACCUGUACACAAACACUCACCUGCUCGCAGCCCAGAAAGAGCAUCAAGUUCGGGGCAUGACUUUCGCACAACUAAUGGGAAUGGCCGACGAAGUGUCGAUGGAUCUUGUGGUCAAGAUUGAGCAUGCCAAAAAGCAGGAUCUGACAAGAUACUUGACAGAAGUCGACAUGCACAAUCCAUAUCCUCGUCUUGGUGUCUAUAAGUAUACUGCUUGGGGAUCCUUACGCGACUGUCUUCUGUACAUUCUGAGGAGAGCAGAAGAAAACAAAGACGCCGCUGCGCGAACUCAGGACACAGCGUUUGCGGUCAUGCGUGAGCUUCGAUCAAGGGUCUUUCGAAGAAGUUAAAUAACAGAAUGUCAUCAUUAUCUCUAUCAACCGAACAGUCUAGUUUCCCAACCUUGAAAUCAUC